GUCAUAACUGACGUGUACUUAAGUCAAGUAAUGAACAGUAUCGCUUUAAAUUAUAGAAUGAAUACCGGAUAGUUUGUUUAUCUCCCGUGUUUUAAGGCUCCAAAGUCACGUCUAAUGACAUUUCAACGCAUAUAACAAGGUGUUUAAAAGUGAGGGAUUAAAGUUCACUCUGCAGAUGACACAAGGAGUCUGUGCAUGGCGUGGCCGCUCCAGUCCCUGUGCAGGACGCUCCGGACUCUUGGACUGGUCCUCCUCUACUAUGUCUUCUCUAUUGGCAUCACCUUCUAUAACAAAUGGCUAAUGAAGGGCUUCCACUAUCCACUUUUCAUGACGUUAGUCCAUCUGGCCCUCAUCUUCUGCCUGUCAGCACUGACCCGGGGGGCCAUGCAUUGCUGGACAGGGAAGACUCGUGUUAUUCUGAGCUGGACUGAUUACCUCCACAAAGUGGCUCCCACAGCAUUGGCAACAACCCUCGACAUUGGACUCUCCAACUGGAGCUUCCUCUUCAUCACCAUUAGUUUGUACACGAUGACCAAGUCUUCUGCGGUGCUCUUUAUUCUCUUUUUCUCUCUGGUUUUGAAACUGGAGGAGCCGAACCCAUUCCUAAUUCUGGUGGUCCUGCUCAUCGCCAGCGGCUUGUUCAUGUUUACCUUCCAAUCGACCCAGUUCAACAUGGAGGGCUUCGUCAUGGUGCUGCUGGCGUCCUUCAUCGGGGGGAUCCGCUGGACCCUCACUCAGGUGCUCAUGCAGAAAGCGGAGCUGGGCCUCCAGAACCCAGUGGAUGCCAUGUACCACCUCCAGCCUCUCAUGUUUCUUGGCCUCUUUCCUCUCUUCAUCUAUAAUGAAGGCUUGAGCCUCAGCACCUCUGAUAAGUUAUUCCGCGUGACUGAGCUGUCACCGCUCCUGUACUGCGUCUUCCUGCUAAGCGUUGGAGGGAUCCUGGCUUUUGGUCUCGGCUUUUCAGAGUUCCUGCUCGUCUCCAGAACUUCCAGCCUCACCUUAUCUGUGUCGGGGAUCUUUAAGGAGAUCUGCACACUGGUUUUGGCAGCAUCGGUGAUGGGAGACAAAAUGAGCAUCCUCAACUGGCUGGGCUUCGCCGUGUGUCUGUGUGGCAUUGCGUUGCAUGUGGGACUCAGAGUUCAUUAUUCCAAAAACAAGACCCCAUCCUUACGGCAGCUGAACAGUAAGACCCCAGAGCUUGAAUUUCCCUUGCUACGACGUAACGAUGAAGAAGACUCUGCCGCUGAAAAUGAGGAAGAAGAAAUCACCCUGCACUGACAGGCAAUAUCCUCAAAUAUUUGAACUCUGAUGUCAAAUAUUUGAACUCUGGCGUCGGCAAAUCUUCUUCAGGCUUCAAAGACACCCGCCGUGUCGGUCCUUUUUAAUCUAUGAUCAUUUCGUUAACCCUCAAUAGGUCGCAGCUUAUCUGCCUCAGGGAGCUUCAAUAUGUAUUUUCCAUUACAGUGUCCACAUUAUAUGAUUGGAAUUACUUCGUUUAGCCUUUAAUAUGUGGUACUGUAAUUAAAUAGAAGAGAAUUUUCCAAAGCCAAAGUGACAGAUUGAAUAUUAUCAGAAAAACCAAGGUGCUGACUUUUUAAUUGCUAUCCCAUCUUCUUUUUUUUUUUUUUUUUUUUUUUUGGUGGAUCACUAAAGUUUUCAACUAACGUCAUAAUACGGUAUGGUACUCAAAUCCCCCGAAUGUUUAAUUUUUUUUUGUUCCCCCCCUUUUCUUUUUUCUUUUCUUUUUUUUUUUAAAUGUGUAGUACAACCUCUAAGAUUGAAACUCCAAAUUGCUCAUUGUUACCUCCAUAACACCCUGUAUACUGCAUGUCUGAGCAUCCAGGACCAAUAUUUGUGUAGCUUUUUAUAGGAACACUGUCAGCUAAGUUACAAUAGGUUUCAUUACUCUUAUGGAUCAUCAGUACUCAUCUUUGCUCGUGUCACCGGGGUGAAAAAAAAUGUAAUCCUUUCAACGCUCACAGGGCCUCGCAAUUAUGAGGAGGUCGGUUGUGAAGUCAUGGUUUUUGUGCAAUGUUUUGAAAAUGUUUAGCUGAAUUCCAAAUCGUACAGUGUCUGGAGCAUUUCAAUUUAGAGGUUGCACAAAACCUCCGUUAAAGUCAUUUUUGACGCUUUCAGCUAUUUGAGAAAGUGAAGUAAGCAGUUUGGGUCAGCCGCCAAUGGGCGUUCAAUUCUGACACUUAAUUUGACCCUUUGAAUACACAUUAGUGUGGAAACUAUUUAACAGGUCUUUGACCGUGGCUAAAGUAGCAUUGGAGAGAAAAAAAAAGAAAAGAAAAAAAAACUGCUGUCAUGUGGUCCUGCUUGUGUGAAAACUGCAACUUUCAAUGGUUUUUACCAAUUCACUUUAAUCCUGCAUAAAAUGUCAAUUAUCAGAUUAUACUGUUAUUUCAGGUAAUGACUCGUCCUUAAUGUGCCUUAUUUACCUCUGUUUUCAGUUGGACUUAAUAUUCAAUCGAGUCUUUGAAAUACAUGGAAACAUAAAUUAUUAUUAAACUAUUUUUUUGUGGCAUCA